UUGAGCGAGCCCCAAGGCGUGGGGAAAAUGGUAGACAGUUUUUCACUUAAUGAUGCUUUAUCUGGGUCUAGAAACCCAAAUCCUCAAGGAUGGCCUGGUCCAUGGGGAAACCAGCCUGCUGGAGCAGGGGGAUACUCAGGGGCCUCUUAUCCUGGUGCCUACCCUGGCCAGGCACCUCCCGGCGGCUACCCUGGCCCCACAGCACCUGCUUAUCCUGGCCCAACAGCACCAGGAGCCCAACCUGGGCAACCGAGUGGACCUGGGGCCUACCCGCCUCCUGGACAACCAAGCGCUUCGGGAACCUACCCUGCUGCUGGUCCCUUUGGCAUCCCUACUGGACCACUGACUGUGCCUUAUGACCUGCCUUUGCCUGGAGGAGUCAAGCCUCGCAUGCUGAUAACAAUUCUGGGCACAGUAAGGCCCAGUGAAAACAGACUUGCUUUAGAUUUCAAGAGAGGGAAUGAUGUUGCCUUCCACUUUAACCCACGCUUCAAUGAAGACAAGAGAGUCAUUGUUUGCAAUACCAAGCUGGAUAAUAUCUGGGGAAAGGAAGAAAGGCAGGCGGCUUUCCCAUUUGAAAAUGGUAAACCAUUCAAAAUACAAGUGCUGGUUGAUUCUGACCACUUCAAGGUUGCGGUCAGUGAUGUCCAUUUGUUGCAGUACAAUCAUCGUCUGAAAAAUCUCCCAGAAAUCAGCAAAUUGGGUAUUUCUGAUGACAUAGAUCUCACCAGCUUCAUAUGCUAUGAUAUAAUCUUAAAGGAGAAGAUUUUAAAAAAAGAGAGAAAUCGAAUAUUCAUUUAAACUUACACAUGUAGACUUCAU